AUGCUGCCUGCAACCUUCAAACUGUGUGCUGGCAUCUCCUACAGGCAUAUGAGGAACAUGACAGGUUUAAGAAAAAAUGCUCUAGUUGCCAUUCAUCAUGAGCUGAACAGGCUGGCUGGUCCUGGUCCAAGCAAUUGGAUAAGCCAAGUCCGAAGACGGAGCUCUCUUCUCAGUUCCCGGAUUAUUGAACAGGAAGGUUUCAAUGAAGCAGAACUGUCUUAUGUUAAACAAGGAGAGGAUGCACUGAAUAAAGCCGUCAGCAUCCUUAGUGAUCAAGAGGACUGGACUGUCGAAACUGUAGCUGCGAAUGGAGACAAGGUUCUGAGUAAAGUUUUGCCAGACAUCGGGAAGGUGUUCAAGCUGGAGGUGAUGCUGGAGCAGUCUCCAGACAGUCUGUAUGAGGAGCUAGUGGGAAACAUGGAGCAGAUGGGAGACUGGAAUCCAAAUGUCAAACAGGUCAAGAUACUUCAAAAGAUCGGACAGGACACAAUGAUCACCCAUGAGGUUUCGGCUGAGACCCCUGGUAAUGUAGUUGGGCCCCGGGACUUUGUGAGCGUGCGGUGUGCAAAACGCAGAGGCUCCACCUGCUUCCUGGCUGGAAUGUCCACCCAGCAUCCCAACAUGCCUGAGCAGAGGGGAGUAGUUAGGGCAGAGAAUGGGCCCACCUGUAUAGUUCUGAAGCCCUGUGCUGAUGAUUUUAAUAAAACCAAGUUUACCUGGUUAUUAAGUCUCGAUCUAAAGGGCUGGAUCCCAAAGACUAUCAUAAAUAAAGUGCUCUCACAGACGCAGAUGGAUUUUGCCAAUCACCUCCGACAAAGAAUGGCCACCAAUGUUUCUGUGGACAUGGCUCCUGCCGCCUGCUGA